AACCCAUUACCAGGAACAACUCCAUGACUUCAGAUUCCAUGGCAAAAACUGUGGUGAAAACCUUCCUGAAAGCCCCCCAUUCUCUGAAAACCAAAAUCCAAGCCAAACAACUCCAUGCCCAAUUCCUCAAAACCCAACCCUACUCUCCUUCUUCAACUUCAAUCCUCAUAUCCAUCUGCACCAACUUCUAUCUCCUACAGCACUCCCUCUUUCUCUUCAACUCUCUUGACUCCCCCCCACUCCUCGCCUGGAAAUCCAUUAUUAAAUCCUAUGCGGGUUCCGGCCUUUUUGUCAACUCCUUGUCUUGUUUUGUCAAAAUGCGUAGUUUUGGCAUAUACCCGGAUCAUACAAUGUUCCCUUUUGUGCUUAAAGCUUGCGUCUUUUUGAAAAACUUGAGGUUGGGUGAGUCUAUUCAUGGUUGUAUUAUUAGGCUGGGUUUGGACUUUGAUUUGUUUACUGGAAAUGCCCUUUUGAAUAUGUACGCAAAAUUUCAAAGCUUACAACUGAAUGGAGGAUGUAAGGUUUCCGCCUUUAAUGUGUUUGAUGGAAUGCCAAAAAGUGUUAUUAGAUUAGAUAGUGUGCCAAAGGUUCUAGAAAUGAUGCCAGAAAGGGAUGUAGUCUCAUAUAACACUGUAAUAGCAGGGAAUGCACAAAAUGGGAUGUAUGAAGAAGCUUUGAGGAUGGUUAGGGAAAUGGGGAAUGCUAACAUGAAACCCGAUUCGUUUACUUUGUCCAGCGUACUUCCUAUAUUUGCAGAGUAUGUGGAUGUCAUGAAAGGAAAGGAGAUUCAUGGGUAUGCUAUUCGGCAUUUGUUUGAUUCUGAUUGUUACAUAGGUAGUAGUCUCAUUGAUAUGUAUGCGAAUUGUGCUCGUAUAGAAGAUUCAUGUCAUGUAUUUAAUCUCUUACCUACAAGGGAUGACAUCUCCUGGAAUUCGAUUAUUGCAGCUUGUGUUCAGAAUGGUGUGUUCGAUGAAGGUCUGAAGUUAUUUCGACUAAUGUUAACAGCUAGAGUAAAGCCAAGGGAUGUCACAUUUUCUAGUAUCAUGCCGGCUUGUGCAUAUUUGACGACACUGCAUUUAGGGAAGCAACUUCAUGGAUAUAUAAUUCGAGGUGGAUUUGAUGAUAAUUUGUUUAUAGCGAGUUCACUUAUUGACAUGUAUGCCAAAUGUGGAAACAUCAGGGCAGCAAGGUGGAUUUUUGAUCAAAUGGAACACCAUGACAUGGUUUCAUGGACUGCAAUUAUAAUGGGACAUGCAUUACAUGGGCAUGCUCAUGAUGCCCUUUCAUUAUUCAAGCAGAUGGAAAAGGAUGGAGUGAAACCCAACUAUGUAUCAUUUAUAGCUGUCUUUACUGCUUGUAGUCAUGCUGGAUUGACGGACAAAGCUUGGAGAUUUUUCAAUAGUAUGAGCCAGAAUCAUGGUAUUAAACCGGGCUUGGAACACUACGCAGCUAUGGCUGACCUUCUUGGUCGCGCAGGAAAGUUGAAUGAAGCGUAUGAAUUCAUUAGCAGCAUGCAUUUUGCACCUUCAGGUAGUAUCUGGUCGACACUGUUAUCGGCUUGUAGAGUCCACAAAAACCUUGAGUUGGCCGAAAAGGUUGCUAAAGAGAUAUUUAAAGUUGAUCCAGAGAAUGUGGGAGCUUAUGUUCUGAUGUCUAAUAUGUAUGCAGCGUCUCGGAGAUGGAAAGAGGCAGCAAAGAUGAGAAUCUUUAUGAAAAAAAAAGGCAUAAGAAAGGAACCAGCUUGCAGCUGGAUUGAAGUUAAAAACAGCGUUCAUACUUUCAUAUCGGGCGAUAAAUCACAUCCUCUAUAUGAUGGAAUAUUUCAGGCGUUGAAAGAUCUUCUCGAACAGAUUGAACGUGAAGGCUAUAUCCCAGACACAAACGAGGAUUUCCACGAUGUUGAUGAGGAGCAGAAGAAAUACUUGCUAUUUAGCCAUAGUGAGAGACUGGCUUUAGCUUUUGGCAUCAUUAGCACGCCAGCUGGGACAACGAUUCGAAUAACCAAGAACAUUCGAGUCUGUGUUGACUGCCACACUGCUAUAAAGUUAAUAUCAAAGGUGGUUCAAAGAGAGAUAAUUGUGAGGGAUAAUAGCAGAUUUCAUCAUUUCAAAGAUGGAGUGUGUUCAUGCAGAGAUUAUUGGUAAGAGGCUGAAACUGAAAAUGAUGUUGAGAGCUGAAGCCUUGAUCAUCUAUAGGUUUAGAGAUCAAUAUUUACGUGCAGUUUUGGCUUUUGAGAGUAGGGUAGAAGAUUGCAAUGAGAAUCUAUGGAGCACGAAUCAGUUAGAACUUGUACAUUAGAGAUGAAAAAAAAACAUAUCUAUUGUUAACCCAAUUAGGGGUCCA